CGCGGCUCCGGGGCGAUGGCGUCCUCCAUCCUGUCCGACUGCUCCUCCUGCGCCACCUCCCGCCUCCUCCCCCUCCGCCGCGCCCUCCACCCGCCGCCGCCCCGCUUCCGCCCGUCCCCCGGUCCGGCGCCGUCGCCGAGGAGGCCUCUCCUCCUCACCGCCGCCGCCCCGCUCCCGCUCCUCCCCCGCGCGCGCCGCAUGGCCGCGCUCUCCGCCGCUGCCUCCUCCGCCGACCCAGCCACCGUUCUAGCUGACGCGUCUGCCAAGAUCAUCGACGGCAAGCUGGUGGCGAAGCAGAUAAGAGAGGAAGUCGGCGUUGAGAUCGCCAGGAUGAAGGACGCGACCGGUGUGGUGCCUGGGCUGGCGGUCAUCCUAGUCGGCUCGAGGAAGGAUUCCCAGACGUACGUGCGGAACAAGAAGAAGGCGUGCGAGGCGGUCGGUAUCAAGUCGUACGAGGUCAAUUUGCCGGAGGACGCUUCCGAGUACGAGGUCAUCAAGCACAUUGCGACCUUCAAUGAUGACCCGUCUGUCCAUGGCAUCUUGGUUCAGUUGCCCUUGCCUCGCCAUAUGAACGACGAGAACAUAUUGAAUGCUGUUAGUAUUGAAAAGGACGUCGAUGGCUUUCAUCCAGUGAAUAUUGGACGACUGGCGAUGCAAGGUCGGGAUCCAUUCUUUGUUCCAUGCACCCCUAAAGGAUGCAUGGAGCUGCUACACAGAUCUGGAGUUGAAAUAAAUGGGAAGAGAGCUGUUGUAAUUGGAAGAAGCAAUAUUGUGGGGACGCCUGCUGCUUUACUCUUACAAAAAGCAAAUGCAACUGUGAGCAUUGUACAUUCAAAAACCAAGAACCCCGAGGAAAUAACAAGACAAGCAGAUAUUAUCAUUGCGGCUGUUGGAGUUGCUAACCUGGUCAGAGGGAGUUGGAUAAAGCCUGGAGCUGCUAUUAUUGAUGUUGGCAUCAAUCCGGUUGAUGAUCCAGCAAGCCCUCGAGGUUAUCGUCUUGUUGGAGAUGUAUGCUUUGAGGAGGCCUCCAAGGUGGCUGGAGCUAUCACACCAGUACCAGGCGGUGUCGGGCCGAUGACAAUUGCGAUGCUUCUAUCGAACACACUGGAUUCAGCUAAAAGGAUCCACAAAUUCAAGUAACCGGACAACCCUGUAGUCAGAACUUCGGAGAGUGCUUAACCUUUGGCUUAGUCUACCAGGCAAGGAUUUGCCAACUGUUCUAUGCGCCUUUUGUUGGACCAGAAAAAGGUCAACAAGAGCCGUGAAAUAAAUUUUGACAGGGGCGAGAAAUUUGCCCCGGCUUCAAACUGUACCGCAUUCGCUAAUGUUCCAUGAAACCCCAGUUCAAUCAGUGGCACCACCUAGGUCAACUGAGAUCUCAGUUCGGCUUGGGUGAACCGUAUGUUAUGCUUGUUUGCACAAAACUGAUUGUACAUGAGUGGUGGCGCAGGCUCCACUGCUGAUGUGGCAGGACAGGAGAGGGAAGGAAACAAGAGCUCCAUUGUCCAAUCUAAUCUAUCCAGUUGGAUCCUGGAUUUUAUUA